AUGAUCCUGAUCGCAGUGUUUCUCGCGUUCAACGUUCUCGUCGCGACUGCCGAGAGGAUCGACCAGUGCCGUUCGAGAACGAACGAACAGCUUAUCUGGCAGUACAACGUCAGGAGAUCGUACAGGAUCGGCGGAUACCAAGAAGUGGUGGCGGAUUACGGACCAACCGGCGCAACCAUCACCUGCAUAGGAGUCGAUUCUCUCUCGGAGGAAGACAACGACGGCAUGUGGGUGACUUCCGGCGGAAUCGGCCACAACUUCAUCCGCAUCAAGUUCAGAUCCAAAUACUCCAGGGGUCUUCAUUAUCGAGUCCACGUUUACGGGAAGCCGCACUGA